AGCUGCUUCUCUUGCACAGUUUGUUUGAAUAAAUUUCAUUUUUUUUUCACUCUCUGGGGUUUUUCUUGAAUUCUUGGUAGAUUUCUCCCUUUGAGAAAAAACCAUCUAUAUAUAUUAAAAUUACAUAAAGGUGAGAGCUUUUGUAUUUCUUAUGGGGGUGUGAAUUCUCAAGCGAAGCGGAAGUCUCUGUUUCACACCUUUCAAUCGCCAAACCAUGGAAGGAGAAUCUAGGUCUUGAGUCUUGACAGCUCCAAAGUAUAAACAGGUCUGUUUCUUAGUCAUUUUUUAUUUUUUUUACCCCUCAAUUCUUGAUCGUUCUGUAAUGGAAUAACUCUAUCUGUUCUUACACUUAAUUGGGCUUUCUCCCAUUCUCAAUCAGUUUCAGAAUACCCGGCUGGGUCUGAUCUCUUGGGUCUGUUCUAUUUCUGAUAGAUUGAAUGUUGAGAUGUUGAAAUUUUAAUAAAAAAAGCCCUUUUGGAUUUUGUGGGUGUUUUGAAAUAUGGGAUUUUGACCACAUAUGCAUUUUCAUUUAUCUUGAAGAUCUAUACUCGAGCUAGAAGAUUUUCUGAGAUAUUUUGAGUUUUGUGGUUUGUGUAGACUUGGCGUAUUGGGUUUCGGAAUUAGGGUUUUGGGAUACCAUGGAAGAGGUUGAAGAAGCUAACAGGUCAGCUGUGGAGAGCUCCCACAAAGUGUUAAGUCUGUUGAGUUUGCCCCAAGAUCAGGUUCAGUAUAGAAAUCUAAUGCUGGAAACUGGAGAGGCUGUGUUUAGGUUUAAGAAGGUUGUUUCUCUUCUCAAUACUGGUUUAGGUCAUGCAAGAGUCAGAAAGCUCAAGCAGUUACCAAACUCAUGUCCCAAGAGUAUUCUUUUAGAUUAUCAACAGAAUAGAACAGACAAUCCAUCCAAAACUCUGCAGUUACUUCAGUCUAGUUUUCAAGAGAACCCACUUGAGGGAUUAGGCUCAAAUGCUAAGAACUCUCUGUAUAUGGGAAACCCAACUUUGGAAUUGAGCUCAAAUGGGAAAAGUCUUCUGCAGCUUGCUCAACAGACAACAUCAUCAUCACAGUAUAACUUGCUCCAACAGCAGCAACAGCUACAGCAAAGGUUGCAACUUCACCAGCAGCAGCUGAAACAACAAGCUGAGAUGAUGUUUCGUAGGAGCAACAGUGGUAUAAACCUGAAUUUUGAUAGUUCUAACUGCACACCCACAAUGUCAUCCACUAGGUCCUUCAUAUCUUCCUUAAGCAUAGAUGGUAGUGUGGCUAAUAUGGAUGGAAGUGCCUUCCACUUGAUGGAGUCUCAUCGUGCCUCUGACCAAAAUACACAGCAAUACAAGAGGAAGUGUUCUGGAAAGGGAGACGAUGGAAGCGUGAAAUGCGGAAGCAGCAGUAGAUGUCACUGCUCAAAGAAGAGGAAACAUCGGGUGAAAAGAUCAAUCAAGGUUCCUGCUAUCAGCAACAAGCUUGCCGAUAUCCCUCCUGAUGAAUAUUCGUGGAGAAAAUACGGUCAGAAGCCCAUAAAGGGUUCUCCUCACCCUAGGGGAUAUUAUAAAUGUAGCAGCAUGAGAGGUUGUCCUGCAAGGAAGCAUGUGGAGCGGUGCUUGGAAGACCCGUCCAUGCUUAUUGUGACCUACGAAGGGGAGCAUAACCAUCCAAGAAUACCAUCACAGUCUGCAACAACAUAAUCCUCAAGAAGAGCUUCACUAAAAUGCAUCAACCCCCCCUUGUGCAAUUUAUGUCACUGUUAUUUGUGAUUGGCUUGAAUGGCUCCUGGACUUUUUUUGCGUAGUUUGAGUAUGACAUAUAGCGGGAGCAUUGUGGCUUUUGGAAAUUGGCAUUCCGAUCUUUUUGAACUGUUUGGCAGGUGGGUGUAAAGCCUUGCAAUGAACUGAAGAACAAUGUGGAUUUUGGGGGGUGUUGAAUUGUAAGGGAUCUUUCAUGGAAAUCAAUGUUUUAAGCAUUUGAUUAGUUUCAUUAA